CCCCAAAUAGUCCCUUCCGGCGGCGCAUCACACCAGGCGCUCCCAUUGGCGCCGCUCGCCGGGAUCCCUCCGCGCGGCCGGCCGACGGCGGCAGGUGCGGGUAUCCUUCCGCGGCGGUAUCCUUCCGCCGGCGGGGGCAGCUUCCGCACGGCCCCGCUCCGCCAUCGCGGUCCCGUUCCGCCCGCACCGCUGAGCCUGGCCCGGCCCGGAGCGCCCCGCCGCCGCCAUGGCCCAGAUCCUGCCCAUCCGCUUCCAGGAGCAUCUCCAGCUCCAAAAUCUGGGCAUCAACCCAGCAAACAUUGGGUUCAGCACUCUGACAAUGGAGUCUGACAAAUUCAUCUGCAUCAGAGAGAAAGUAGGAGAACAGGCUCAAGUGGUGAUCAUUGACAUGAAUGACCCCAGCAACCCAAUCCGGAGACCAAUUUCAGCUGACAGUGCUAUCAUGAACCCUGCCAGUAAAGUCAUUGCACUGAAAGCUGGGAAAACGCUGCAAAUCUUUAACAUUGAGAUGAAGAGCAAGAUGAAGGCUCACACCAUGACAGAUGAUGUCACCUUCUGGAAGUGGAUCUCUCUGAACACUGUUGCCCUCGUGACGGAUAAUGCAGUUUACCACUGGAGCAUGGAGGGCGAGUCCCAGCCUGUGAAGAUGUUUGAUCGCCACUCCAGCCUUGCUGGCUGCCAGAUCAUCAACUACAGAACUGAUGCCAAGCAGAAAUGGCUCUUGCUGACUGGAAUAUCUGCACAGCAAAACCGUGUGGUGGGGGCAAUGCAGCUGUACUCUGUGGACAGAAAAGUGUCCCAGCCCAUCGAGGGACAUGCAGCCAGCUUUGCACAGUUCAAGAUGGAAGGGAAUGCUGAAGAAUCCACUCUCUUCUGUUUUGCAGUAAGAGGGCAAGCUGGGGGUAAGCUGCAUAUCAUUGAGGUUGGCACACCACCCACUGGGAAUCAGCCCUUUCCAAAGAAAGCUGUGGAUGUCUUCUUUCCUCCUGAAGCACAAAGUGACUUUCCUGUUGCUAUGCAGAUCAGUGACAAGCAUGAUGUGGUGUUCCUCAUAACAAAGUAUGGCUACAUCCACUUGUAUGACCUGGAAACUGGCACCUGUAUCUACAUGAACAGGAUCAGUGGAGAGACCAUUUUUGUUACUGCCCAGCAUGAAGCAACAGCUGGAAUUAUUGGAGUCAACAGAAAGGGACAGGUGCUCUCAGUGUGUGUGGAAGAGGAGAACAUCAUUCCCUACAUCACAAACGUGCUGCAGAAUCCUGACCUGGCUUUACGGAUGGCUGUCCGCAACAACCUGGCGGGGGCUGAGGAGCUCUUUGCCAGGAAAUUCAAUGCACUCUUUGCACAAGGGAACUAUUCAGAGGCAGCAAAAGUGGCAGCUAAUGCCCCAAAGGGAAUCCUGCGUACUCCAGACACCAUACGCCGGUUCCAGAGUGUUCCAGCUCAGCCAGGGCAGACUUCCCCUCUCCUGCAGUAUUUUGGCAUUCUGCUGGACCAAGGGCAGCUGAACAAGUAUGAGUCACUGGAGCUCUGCAGACCAGUGCUCCAGCAGGGCCGCAAGCAGCUCUUGGAAAAAUGGUUAAAAGAAGAUAAGCUGGAGUGCUCGGAGGAGCUGGGAGACCUUGUGAAAUCUGUGGAUCCCACGCUAGCGCUUAGUGUCUAUCUGAGAGCCAACGUUCCAAACAAGGUCAUCCAAUGUUUUGCUGAAACAGGACAAGUCCAAAAGAUUGUUUUGUAUGCUAAGAAGGUUGGAUAUACUCCAGACUGGAUUUUUUUGCUGAGGAAUGUAAUGAGAAUCAGCCCUGAUCAAGGACAGCAGUUUGCACAAAUGCUUGUUCAAGAUGAAGAGCCUCUUGCAGAUAUAACACAGAUUGUGGAUGUCUUUAUGGAAUAUAAUUUAAUCCAGCAAUGUACAGCCUUUCUGCUGGAUGCACUGAAGAAUAAUCGUCCCUCAGAAGGUCCCCUGCAAACACGUUUACUUGAGAUGAACCUCAUGCACGCUCCUCAGGUUGCAGAUGCCAUCCUGGGAAACCAAAUGUUUACUCACUAUGACCGGGCUCACAUAGCUCAGCUGUGUGAGAAGGCUGGUUUGCUGCAGAGAGCACUCGAGCACUUCUCAGACCUCUACGACAUCAAGCGUGCGGUGGUUCACACUCACCUCCUCAACCCUGAGUGGUUAGUGAAUUAUUUUGGGUCCUUAUCAGUAGAAGACUCUCUGGAGUGUCUGCGUGCGAUGCUGUCCGCUAACAUCCGUCAGAACCUGCAGAUCUGUGUCCAGGUGGCUUCCAAAUACCAUGAACAGCUGUCAACACAGUCACUCAUCGAGCUCUUUGAGUCCUUCAAGAGCUUUGAAGGUUUGUUUUAUUUCCUGGGCUCCAUUGUAAACUUCAGCCAGGAUCCAGAUGUGCACUUCAAGUACAUUCAAGCUGCAUGUAAGACAGGACAGAUUAAAGAAGUGGAAAGAAUCUGCAGGGAAAGUAACUGCUAUGAUCCAGAACGUGUUAAAAACUUCCUCAAGGAAGCUAAACUCACUGACCAGCUGCCUCUUAUCAUUGUGUGCGACCGCUUUGACUUUGUCCACGACUUGGUGCUGUAUUUGUAUAGAAAUAAUCUCCAAAAAUAUAUUGAGAUUUAUGUACAGAAGGUGAAUCCCAGCCGUCUGCCAGUUGUUAUUGGGGGACUGCUCGAUGUGGAUUGCUCUGAAGAUGUGAUCAAGAACCUCAUCCUUGUAGUGAGAGGUCAAUUUUCAACUGAUGAACUUGUUGCAGAGGUUGAGAAAAGAAACAGGCUGAAGCUGCUUCUGCCCUGGCUGGAAGCAAGAAUUCACGAGGGCUGUGAGGAGCCUGCCACUCACAAUGCACUGGCCAAGAUAUACAUUGACAGCAACAACAACCCAGAGAGAUUCCUGCGUGAGAACCCCUACUAUGACAGUCGUGUUGUUGGCAAGUACUGUGAGAAGAGGGACCCUCACCUGGCCUGCGUGGCUUACGAGCGUGGACAGUGCGACCUGGAGCUGAUUAAUGUGUGCAAUGAGAACUCCCUCUUCAAGAGUCUCUCCCGCUACUUAGUUCGUCGUAAGGACCCCGAGCUCUGGGCCAGUGUGCUGCUGGAAAGCAACCCCUACAGGAGACCCCUGAUUGACCAGGUUGUCCAGACUGCUCUGUCGGAGACCCAGGACCCCGAGGAAGUCUCUGUCACUGUGAAGGCCUUCAUGACUGCAGAUCUUCCCAAUGAGCUCAUUGAACUGCUGGAGAAAAUCGUUCUGGAUAAUUCAGUAUUCAGUGAGCACAGGAACCUGCAGAACCUUCUCAUCCUCACAGCCAUCAAGGCUGACCGCACCCGUGUCAUGGAGUACAUCAAUCGCCUGGAUAACUACGAUGCCCCUGAUAUAGCCAAUAUUGCUAUCAGCAACGAGCUUUUUGAGGAGGCAUUUGCUAUCUUCAGGAAGUUUGAUGUCAACACAUCAGCUGUGCAGGUGUUGAUAGAGCACAUUGGGAACCUGGACCGUGCGUACGAGUUCGCCGAGCGCUGCAAUGAACCUGCAGUGUGGAGCCAGCUGGCCAAAGCACAGCUCCAGAAGGGGAUGGUGAAGGAAGCAAUUGACUCCUACAUUAAAGCAGAUGAUCCUUCCUCAUACAUGGAAGUUGUUCAAGCUGCUAAUGCCAGUGGAAACUGGGAAGAACUGGUGAAGUAUCUGCAGAUGGCACGCAAGAAGGCCCGGGAGUCGUACGUGGAAACAGAAUUAAUCUUUGCUCUUGCUAAAACAAACCGCCUGGCAGAGCUAGAGGAGUUCAUCAAUGGCCCCAACAAUGCACAUAUCCAGCAGGUUGGUGAUCGCUGCUAUGAUGAGAAGAUGUAUGAAGCAGCCAAGCUCUUGUACAACAACGUGUCCAACUUCGGCCGCUUGGCCUCGACCUUGGUGCACCUCGGCGAGUACCAGGCAGCCGUGGAUGGCGCUCGCAAAGCCAACAGCACUCGCACCUGGAAAGAGGUCUGCUUUGCUUGUGUGGAUGGAAAAGAAUUCCGCCUGGCUCAGCUGUGUGGGCUCCACAUUGUAGUGCAUGCAGAUGAGCUGGAAGAGCUCAUCAACUAUUACCAGGAUCGUGGGUACUUUGAAGAGCUGAUCACUAUGUUGGAAGCAGCACUUGGGCUGGAGCGAGCACACAUGGGGAUGUUCACAGAGCUGGCAAUUCUCUACUCCAAAUUCAAGCCACAGAAGAUGAGGGAGCACUUGGAGCUGUUCUGGUCCAGAGUCAACAUUCCCAAGGUUCUGAGAGCUGCAGAACAAGCCCAUCUCUGGGCUGAACUGGUGUUCCUGUAUGAUAAGUAUGAAGAAUAUGAUAAUGCCAUAAUCACAAUGAUGAAUCACCCAACUGAUGCUUGGAAAGAAGGCCAGUUCAAAGAUAUCAUCACUAAGGUGGCCAAUGUGGAGCUGUACUACAAGGCAGUUCAGUUCUAUUUGGAAUUUAAGCCUCUGCUGCUCAAUGAUCUGCUGAUGGUGUUGUCCCCUCGGCUUGACCACACUCGUGCUGUCACGUUCUUCACAAAGGUUAAACAGCUGCCCCUGGUUAAGCCUUACCUGCGCUCUGUUCAAAAUCACAACAACAAAUCAGUCAACGAGUCCCUCAACAACCUCUUCAUUAUUGAAGAAGAUUACCAGGCUCUUAGGACUUCUAUAGAUGCUUAUGACAACUUUGACAACAUUUCUCUUGCCCAACGUUUGGAGAAGCACGAGCUCAUAGAGUUCCGGAGGAUCGCUGCCUAUCUCUUCAAAGGCAACAACCGCUGGAAACAGAGCGUGGAGCUCUGCAAGAAGGACAGGCUCUACAAGGAUGCCAUGCAGUACGCUUCCGAAUCCAAAGAUACUGAGCUGGCAGAAGAGCUGCUGCAGUGGUUCUUGCAGGAGAACAAGAGGGAAUGCUUUGGUGCUUGUCUCUUCACCUGCUACGAUCUCCUAAGGCCAGAUGUUGUCUUGGAAACAGCGUGGAGGCACAACAUUAUGGACUUUGCCAUGCCAUACUUUAUCCAGGUCAUGAAGGAAUACUUGACCAAGGUUGAUGCAAUAAAGGAAAAGGUGAAAGUUGAUUCUUGUUUUCCAUCUUUAAGUCUGGAGGACUAAGUCUAAGGAUUCUGCAUGAGUUUUUUUCUUUCCUAUGUUUACUACACUGCUGCUACUGCUUUUUCCCCAAACAAAAUAUCACUAAAGCAUUUGCAAAUUGUUUAACUCUCACUAGCUAGUGCUGUAGGAGAAAAGUAGAUUCAUUUGCUACUAAUAAGCUAAUAGAUCCUCAGGAAGGGCAUACAGGUGAUCAGUUGGAUCACAGUCAGCCCACAAUUGAAACAACACACAAAUACUUGCACGAGUGCUAUUAUUUGACAGCCAAUCUGACUGGAACAACCUCCUACAAUAAGAAAUAAGUCUGUGAAUCCCUAAAUCAGUCUGGCAUUUGCUAGUUGAAGGGCUGUGAUCCAGUUCCUGAUCUCUGGACCAUGACUAAUGCGCGCUGACCGUAGGCAGAGUAGAUACUGGCUGCUCCAGAGGGACUCUUCCUCACUCAGGUGUCAGUUCUCAUGGUGCUGAUCUAAUCCACACAAUGCUCUAGUUCAUGUAGCAACUUAAAACUUCAGCUGUUACAAGUCUGUGGUUCUCCUCCCUAUAGUAAAUUUCUAGUAGUUGUCCAAAAAAGACUGCCUUCCAAGCUCUUCAGCUUCACUAAACCUCUUUUGCUACCUCAUUAAAAAAAAAUAUAAAAAUGGUAAUGCUUAUUGCUCUUCUGAGGCUACUCCAGGGCUUGCCUUUUGCUACGUAACUUUGACCUUCAGAAGGGCAAUCCAAGGUUUUCUGUCCAUCUGCUUCCCUACAAAUGCCACUGUGAUCCUCCUGAGCCCAGGGGUCAGCCCCUGCAGGAGUUUUCCAUUAAUGUGGUUCAGCAAAGGGGCAAACCAAAGUUACAGACAACCUUGAAGUUGGACUAAAUGCAAAAACUGCUGGUUGUAAAGACACCACUGGAACUCGAGGCUAACCUAAGACACGUAGUGUAAGGUCCUUCAGCAGCUAGUAAGGAAAGUAGGAGAGCGUGUGUGUGAAAAAAGGUAAUUGAACUGCAGUGUUUGCAUAAACUACGCAUGUGUAGCAGUCAUUGCAAUUACAUCCCACUACUCCUGAAGCUCCAAGGCAUUGCUGUGGGCUGCGUGUGGUUUUUUGGGGGGAGCCUGUAUGGCAGUCAUCUUCAGACCUCACUCGUGCUUCAGUACUUUUGCCUCUUUUUCAUGCACACAUAACACGAUAACAUUGAAUGCAUGUUACUUUUCCUCUGCAGCUUAUUGCAGUCCCUGUGGAAAAGCCUUUCAGUCAAUCUUGCUCCAAGUGUAGGGGCCCUGAAGCUGGUGAUGCUCGAGCAAGUGGUGUAAGAACCAUCCUGAGGGCUGGUUUCAAACUUGCGCUUGUUCUUGUCAGUAUUUGUUCAGCUCUGAGGGGAGGCAUCAAAACUGGGUCCAAAAUGCAUUGAAUGUCCUGGGCUGGAGGCUUUCCAAGUGUGAGUAAGCCAAAUGCCUCUGCUCAGUAGCAAACUCUGCACAUUCUCCUUGGAUUUGCAUCUCUAAACUUGUGCCUGUGUGUUCAGUGUGUUGCUGUUUUGAGUUAAAAACAGUGCAGUUCCCAGCACGGUGUCUGGAAAUGAGUCUUGGAGCAUUGGAUACAAUCCCGUGCACUUUGGCAGCAGCAAGCCAGAUACUGUGGGAGGCAACCACCAGGCUGGCCAUGGAAGCCCAGUCACUGAGGGAACUCAGCUCAGGACUUCUGCCACUCCCUGGAGUUGUGCCUCAGCUUGAGGUUACAGAGGAGCAGGUUUAUGGAACACACAUUUUAACUCACAGCUGAAAGGAGAGAUCACAGCUCUAGGAGCUGCUAGCAGAUAUUUGCUCAUGUAGCAGAGUUCAGCUCAGAACUCACUUGUGAAUGUUGUAGUUGAAUAAAUAACACUGACCCUAUGUAAGUGCAGGAAGCCUUCAAACUCCUUUAUUAAGGACACAAAUGAAAGGUUAAUCUUGUGAGUUGUAUUAUUGUCUUUCAAAGUAAUUGGCAUGUUUAUCUCUGACUUUGUUCUAAAUCUUAUCUCCCAGGUAAAAUACCAAUACCUCAUUUUGUGGUUUUAGUUUCAGGGCCUGCCUUAGAAAUGCUGAGUUCCCUUGGAUCUGUCCUAGAAAUGAGCAAUAAUUCACUGCAGAAGUUCCUUCUCUUGCCUUUCUGUAGGGGUGGGCAAACAGCACCAUUGCACUUGCAGUGCAGCAGUGAAGCUGGCCAGGCUUGUCUGUUACUGUGUGUAAAGCUGGAAGAAUUGGAGUAUCUGUGGGUUUAGGCUGACUGCCACACAGUUCUGGAGUGGAAAAAGCAAGUCUUAUACACAUGCAUUCUCUGCAUUUGAACUUAAAUUGCAUGAGUGAAUGGGUUUGGAAAGUGAAAUCUUGAGGCUCAAGUGACAUGUCGGAUGCUAUUGCAGUCUGCUCUAUCCAAAUACAAACCAGAUUACUUUGCCUCAAUGUCACCUCCAGGGAAACUUCUCCAGGUCUGGGCAUUAUCUUGGCAAUUGCUCCAAGGCCAGAGGUCUCCAAUUCAGACUGAGCUCAAAUCUGAGACUGAGUCCAAAGACUGUCCAGCUCCAGUCCAGUCCAGAACCUUUUGUACAAAGCUUCAGCCUGGAGUGAGCUUUCAAAGUAGUUGAAAAUCCCUCAGUGAGGGAUUUUUUUCAGGAAACAGAUAAUCUUGACUGCACCAGUACCAACAUUGCUACUUGAAUUGAUCUUAACUUGUAAAUGGUCUCCUUUUCUUGAUGGGUGUUGACAUACCACUAAGGCUUUUCCACUUCUCUGCCACGAAUAAGUACCUGUUUUAGAGGAGAUUUCUUUAAU